AUGGCUCGACAUACUCCUCGUAGGGCUCCUAGUGUCGUCGAGGCCGGCCACGGCGCAUUCCCCGCCAAUCUCGUGUUGAAUCGCCUUCUCUUCUCAACGGCACCUCAUCCUCACCCACCAUCUCCCACUCCGUCAAACGACAAAGACCCUGUCCAUUCUGUCCAAUCUACCACCGACUUGAAAAAUGGAUCGAUUCGACCUGCUUCUCUCAUAUUUGAUGAGCAUGCUCCACCUGCCACUGAGCCCUCAUCCGAGUAUGAUGGUUGGGUAGCCCGAUACCAUGAUACCCCAGAUCAUCGCCUUGUCGGCAACCUGGUCGAUGAAUUUGGUGGUGAACAGGAUGAUUCCGAUGCAGCAUCGGAUGCUCCUAGUCCUCAGGGAACAUAUCGAACACCCAACGUUCGCAUCACCAAAGAUUUCUUACGGCCAAUGAAAUUGAAGCUUAGUCGAGAGGACGGCUACAUUCGAAAAGAGGUCAAGAUCAGUGACCUUAUUAGGCACUUUGAAUUGCUUCCUCAUGAUUACAAUCUACGCCGUCACAGUCUCUACAGGGAGGCGUCUAUCAAGUGGAUCGAUGGUGUUGGCUUGUUUCCAAGUGAAAUCCGAGCACGACGAAUGGAGAUCAGUGUUCCGAAAGCAGUGGUGCGACAUUCGGGGACUCGAUUGGUCUGGCGUGUUGUGUAUGCCUGUAACGGUGCUUGUGAGACAGACUUAGACAACUCAGCUCGCCAUAAUGUACCUACCCUUGGAGCUCAAGAGACUUUAGAUUCACAACUUUUCUCCUUUGCCAAACGUGCUGCCAAAAAUUUCAACCCUGCGUCGAAGAACCCUACGUCAAAGGUUCAGGUCCCCGUUCGUACUCAGCCACAACCAUUGUCUCCUCAUGUCCCCAAGCUGGAACGUCUUCGCUCUUCAAAACGCCGCUCAGAAAGAUUGGAGAAGCGAGGACAGAUCGAAGGUGGUGGGCGUCGUCAGACACCAACGCACGGACUUGUAUCAGGAAAACGCGCACCAGUACGUGCGCCGAGUUGGGCUGACGGGAGCUCCAAUAAGACAGACACCGACAGUCGGAGUUACGUAGACAACAGCAGUGACCAUGCUAGCAUUCAAUCUCACUCGGAGGUCCUCCAUCGACAAAAUGGACACAGAGAGUUGGUCAAGAACUCUAGACAUCAAGUUGACCUCAAGGAUGACAACAACAAGAACAAGUCUGAUAAUUACAAAGAAACCAUGGCAAGACGUGAUGGCAAAAGAGUCAAAUAUGACAGUGUCAACAGCCAGGAGGAAGACGGUGAGGAGGAAGACGGUGAGGAGGAAGACGGUGAGGAGGAAGACGGUGAGGAGGAAGAUGGCGAGGAGGAAGACGGUGAGGAGGAAGAUGGCGAGGAGGAAGACGGUGAGGAGGAAAACCGCGAGGAGGAAGACGGUCAGGAGGAAGACCGCGAGGGAGAGGACGUUCAAGGUGAAGAUGGUGAGGAGGAAGAAGCCGGUCACAAGGAGUAUCUCGAAGAGGCCGAUAGUGAAGAUGAUUAUAGCGAGGAUGACUAUAGUGAUGAAGAAUUCUCCGGCGAUGAACAGGAGCCAGGGGAUAUCAGUGACAAGGCGCCUGAGGGCAGCCCAAAACGUUAUAAGUCUCACUUCUGUGGGACCUUUAUAGUGGUGGAGAUGACGGCCGCUCAGUGCGAAAAGCAGCGCUGUACCAUAAUUGAAAAAGACCUUGAAUCACAUCCGCCCGUCCGGUCCACGUCCGAGUUGAGGAUUUCUCCCUACAUGCGUCGGCUUCUUCAUGAGGCUGCUCUAGGUUUUGGUAUGACUGUUGGUCGUCUACAAGCAUGGUAUGCAAAAGACAUAAUGUCUAAUGACACUCAUGCACUUUGGCUUUCUCAACAAUGUCCUCAUCGUCUGCCCAAAGCUUCCGACUAUAGAACCGCGGUUUCAACUGCCACUGCUGUGUCUCGAUUGGAUCGUAGUCCUCUGGCAGCAAUGGAGAUCAUCUAUAAACAACACCCACAAUCCUUCCUUGCUGCCCACUUCCCUAACCUUCUGGAGGAGACUCCCGGUAAGCGCGUGGACCCAAGCACACGGUUCGAGUGUGUCAUUGCUCCUCGUUAUGCUCAGAUGUGUGCCAUCUUGCAAGUAGGUCAAAUGGGAAUGUAUCUGGACUCUUCUUGGAGGAACAAGAACGCAUUUCGAUGUCCAUUGACCUUCUUGGUUACCAUCAAUGAAUAUCAUCGAAUGAUACCUCUUGCGGCAAUGGUCUCCAACCAUAAUGACGUACAAGCAUAUCGGUUUCUUCUGGCAGAGUUCAAGAAGGCUGUUCGACAAACAGCAGGUGAUUAUCUACUUGGAAAAUUCGAGAUAAAAAUCGAUGGCGUGUCCCAGGACAUAUUGCAAAAGGCCUGCUUGAUAGUGUCUGAAGAUGGUCUCAUUCCCCGAUUUGUCAUGAUCGAUGGCUGUGACGCUGAACGACUGGCUAUCGAAUUCGAAUUUCCUGGUGUGCCGCUACGAGCCUAUCUAAGGUUCGGAGGAUUCUGGGGACCAACUUUCGGGCUGCAAUCCAUACAAACACAAUCCUGGAAGCUAUACAAGCAUGUCAACGAUGUCCAGAGAAGGAAGAUUGGAACGAAUACUAUGGGAUUCUUGAAGAUACCUCAGGUCACUCGAGAUGGACCUUGGUCUACAAAUAACUACUCAGAAGCAGCGUUUCGGACGUUUGAUCGUGUCUUCCUCAAUUGUCGUGCCAACAAACGGCGACCAAGUCGGAGAGGCAAGGAAGGACGGGCAGUCUGUACCUGUGGCUACGGGAAACACAGUGGUAAACGAUGUGGCCACUUGUGGGCAAUGGUCAUGUACGAGCUUUGUGGCCCAAUUGGAGAAUUUGAAGCAAAUCAUGCUUUGAUCGAGGAUAUCAUUCUUGGGACUAUGUCGAAUGGUCCAACUCAAACUGUGUCCUCCACCAACCAGAACAAGGAUGAUCCAUUCUACAAUGAUCGGAACGAUUAUAAGGAGUACUGGGGUCGAGAUGUCAUUAGAUCGGUCAAAUGGUCGCAUAUUGAUAUCAAUCCGGGCUACACACCUCAGCAGUCUAUUCAUACAUCUCAAGACAUUUCAAAGCCAGUAACUCAGCCCAUUGUAAACUCUCCCUACGUUCAAACUUCACUUUCUGACCCUAUCAACACCACAACCACAACUAAACCCCUGGUUAUUCCUCGUCGUCACUCCCUCACUUCCGCCGACCAACCACCCCCAGGAGUAAGAGGUGUAACUCUGCAUCACCACCUGAUCGGUGUUGGAGAGUCCCCAGGUCGCCACAUUAAAGAAUUGACACAUCCAGUACAACAGCAAAAGCGAAAGCGCAGAGAAAUUGAGAAGGUGGAGGGUGUACCAGUGUCCAACCAAGAAGCAAAGCGCAUUCGAUCAAACCAACUGCCAGUAGCAUUCAAGUCAGGCAAGCACACUCCAGAUGACCACCUCCCCUCCACAGCACCUCCGUCCCAGGGUUACAGUCAUCAUCAACAGCCCACUUCUCCAAUUGGUCGAAGAUACUCAAGGAUCAGAGACAAGGUGAAUGACUAUUCAUCGGCCGUUGACGAUCAUAAUUCUGAUCCUUCGACCUGGUCUCAUUCCCUUCCGGGGCGUCCUGCUGCGAUUCGGCCUUUGCAACCUUAUCGACAUGCCAUACCUUCGGCUCAGAAGAGCAAACUUCGUAUGCCUAGAAAAGUCGUCACCCACUUGGACUCUAUCAAACCUACUGGAGUAAGAAAUACUGGCAUCGAUUGCUAUGCAAUAGCUCUGUUCCAGGUGCUUCUGCGUCUGGUAUCUUGGUCUGCGGAAUUGGAGCGCUUCAGACUGGCAGUUCCACCUCUGGCUGAUCCAGUCUUCAGCCUCUUAUUCGAGUUCCGCAUGGCCGUAGAGACCCAUCUCUCCACAUCUUUCCCACAAUUAAGGACCAUCCUUGCGGGACAUUUUGUCGUUUCAUCUGCAACACAAAUGAUGGACCCAGACGAAGUCCUGCGACAGCUAAACACAUACCUUGAUGGUAUUUCGUCCACAAACCUUUUUUCAAGAUUGUUUGAGAUGGUGAUCAUGUCUGUUGGAGUCUGUCCCGUGUGUCAAGCACCGUCCACGGGUCCGACUGAACCCUCAGUUGCGGUUCAUAAUUCCCUCUUUCUUCAUCCUUGGAGUCCACAAGGAAAGCAGAAACCAUUCGACCAGAUGUUAAAGGAAUCGUAUCAAACAUCAACAAAGGCAAAUUAUCAGUGCAAGAAUAUUGUUUGCUCUGCGCGCUAUGCGCCACAGGGGCAAGGAUUCAAUGUCACUCCUUCAACCUUCUUCACGCAAACUCCUGUGGUACUCCGCCUGAAUAUCGUCUGGAACUCUGAGACUAGCCCGGAGGGAUUAAAAUCGUCUACUGUUCAAACAGUCCCAAGAAAUAAUGUGGAACAGAAGGUCCAUAUUGGCGAUCCGUUCCACAUCCCAUUGGAUUUAGUGCUGCCUGAAGGUGUGAAUGUGAACACCAUUCAGAUUAAGUACCAGUUGCGUGGGAUUGUGUGCCGACACGGAGAGGCCGUUGAGGUGGGUCACUACGUCGCAAUCACUCGAGGUGAGGAAGAUACCUGGUGGAUCCUUGACGAUGACAAAGUCACCCUAGCCUCAAAUCCCUCCGCCGCUGCUUUUCAAGAUGCAAGAUAUCCUGUCAUACUGUUCUAUGAGUCGACACAUCAUGAACUUUCUACCUCUACUUCAACUAAUAUGCCUCGCCCUGAACAGCUAAAUCCUCAACCACAACCAGUUGCGAGCACGUCAUCAGGCAUCUCCAAGAGGAACGAAGCCACCGGCCCGCCUCCUGUACCAGUGGGUAGGACACCAUCUAAUCCCCCACCCAUAGCCAGUCCUGCACAUGACCGUCUUCUGCAGCAGCGGCGCUCUUCCCAUUCAACGGCGGGACAGGGCCUCAGUCUAGCUUCUUCAUCAUCCUCCGAAAUACACACUAGAGCAGACAUGGUGGAACCAAAGUAUAGCCGAGAGGCAUCAGACACUCGGCGUAUAACUCCUGUGCCUCUAUCAAAGUCUUCCACGAUUCCACAGUCACAGCCUCCGAUGGUGAAAGCCUCCAUCACACAGAGUCAAUUGCCUUCAAGCUUUUCAACACAACCCUCUGCCAGCAGAAUCAAUGAGGUUGCUGGUCUCACAAUCAAUCCAACUAGACAUACGACAUAUCCUUCUCAUACAAUCGGUCAUGACAGCAACCAGCCCAAACAUAACAUGGGGAAUGUGCGGAACAUGGGAGCCGCAAAUAUCAGUCUCAAUCGAGCAUCUUCAGUAGUCGGCCCCGCCACAGUCAACCCUCAGGUGUGGAUUGCAGACAAUCUCAGUUCAGGGAAGGAAGCAGCGUCGCAACAGCAUCUACCCACGCAUCUUACAAGUCACUCAAUAGACAUAGAAGCCUCAAAAGACUCAAUCUACCACAAUCCACACCCUGUGCCUUUCAAUGACACUGAAGAUCCAUUUCGAUGGUUGCAACUCGACGAAGAGAAGGAUAUGUUUGAUGAUGUUCUUCCUUCAGAUAUGCCAAGUCCGCCAACUGCCGCGCUACAUAUCAACCAUCCUACGCAUACGUCUGCAGUUUCCACCACUACAAGUCAACAAGAGCCUUCUGCUUCAGUUCCGUCUGUUAUCAACAACAUCUCUACAUCCUUGAAAGCACCUGUGGAAGCGGGAUCAAGCCGCCAUGUUAUCACAUCCGUCACCGAGGAGCUCUCUGGCAUACAAGAAUUACCACCUAAUUCUCCCAUCGACUUCCCUCUCCCUUCACCCAAGAGUCCCCUGAUGGCAGUUAUAGAUCCGGAAGAUAUGAAAUCAGUGCCAUUUGAUAGCCUCAAGGAUGUGAGAGAUCAAGAAAACGCAGCACUGAGGCGAUAUUACAAACUCAUUUGGGUUGGAGAUCUGGAUGGGAAGACUUCACCAAUGGCGAAUUUCAUCACCAUGUCAGAUCCAAGGCAAUUUGCCCCAGCGCCAAUCCCCUUCACUGAUCGAUUUUUCAACAGACUGCUGUCCCGUAUGGCAAACCAAGGAGAUCAGCCUGGCUUGGUCACACGGAACGGGGAGGGAACGAUUGUGACAGGUGUUCCUCAUGUAACGGUGACUCAAGACGGCGUGAGACGUCUCAAAAACCGAACCAGCUGGUGGAAUGAUCAUCUCAUCGACUCUCUAUGCCUUCAGGCACUAGCGCGGACAAAUCGACAAUCACCUCCCGUUGGCGGUAGGUGCCGUGUUGCUUACCUGUUCUCUGCUAUUGAGGAGGUGCGUGGAGUGAAGCCUGCUGGGAAGAAACCAUGGAGGAUACUGGGGAAGGACUCCUCAUGGCGAGACUACAUUACCGUUGGAGUGGUCAGCGUCCAGAGGAACACCCACUUUGCUGCUUUGGCCAUCUUUGGCCCGGCCCGCCUAGUGAUCGUAUACGACUCUGCUGGUGGCACUUUUGAUGACAGAAUCAUGAAAGAGAAAUGGACAACAUUGCUGAAGCAACGACUGACCUUUGAAUAUCAUGCUGGUAUGGUGACUGCCGAACAGAACGAGAAUUGGAUAUUUGCGCCCAAUACACCUAGAAUGCGAGAUCACUUGCAUUGGGUGACUCAAACUGAUGGACAUAAUUGUGGUCCGCUUGCAACGGCCGCUAUCUUCUCAAUCAUUCAAGGUAUACGACCUGAUACUGCUCACCUUGGAUUGGUAACUACUACGUACACACCUGCGUGUGCAGUCGUCCUACGGGACUCUUUCACUUAUUUCUUGCUUAGCGAAGUGGCAUUGUCAAUGACGGAUGAGGAGAGACAAGGGGAGCACCUUCUUCGCGAUAAGCUCCUGAUGGAUGAAAUGCAACAGUGGGGGCAGAAUCGAUUGACAUUUCAGCUUACUCAAUGGAUAAGAUAUUGGCGUCAUUUCGUCAAUCAGAAAAAGUAG